UGGAACAACUCGACGACGUCUCAACAAAACCAGCAUCAACAGCCUCCUUCAUCAUUCACCAUGGACGCUUUCCAGCCUCAACUCUAUCAGAAUUACCAUCCCACCUGGCUCGGCUCCCAAAUCGCCCAACAGCCCCCGACCCUCAACUUCAACCUCAACCAUCAACACACCGACGCUGCCGACAGAGAAUUACUCCACGCGGAGCUUCAGAUCGACAUGGGAGAUGACAAAGAGACCAUGUUCGAGAAGCCGCUGACGCCUAGCGACGUCGGCAAGCUCAACCGCCUCGUCAUUCCCAAGCAGCACGCCGAGAAGUACUUCCCUCUCGGCGGUGGCGGUGGCGGAGAGUCGGGAGGCGAGAAGGGUCUGCUUCUGAGCUUCGAGGACGAGUCCGGAAAGUGCUGGAGGUUCCGGUACUCGUACUGGAACAGCAGUCAAAGCUACGUGUUAACCAAAGGGUGGAGCCGCUACGUGAAGGAAAAGCGCCUCGACGCCGGCGACGUCGUUUUGUUCGAGCGUCGCCGAAACGACAGCGAGCGCCUCUUCAUUGGGUGGAGGCGCCGUGCGGUGCAAGAGAGCAGCGGCGCUGGUGGUGGGGGUAGUACUAACACGUCGGCGCAUGUUAGCGGAAGCAGCGGGGGUGGUGGUGAAAGUGGAGGUGGUAGAGGAGGUUGGACCAGGAUGUUCUACUCUGCGCCGCAGUCUUAUCCUGCGCACCAUCAUCACAGUGUGCCAUACCCACCUGACUAUCUACAGCAUGCAGCCACAGCAGGGUCUCCUGUUCAGAACCAGACUCCGUCGUCGUCCUCCGGCGGAAACUCGAGGAUAUUGAGGCUGUUUGGGGUGAACUUGGAGUGCCAGCAGCAGCAGGAUGAUGAGUCCGAACCAUCCACACCAGAUGGGUCGUCUUUGUCAAGCCAGGGUCCAACCCACCACCAGUUCUAUCCUAAUCCUACCAAUGCUUAUUAUGGAGACCACAGGGAUUUCACUUUCUCCAGAGAUGCGAACCCCCCCAUGAGAAAUCAACGAGGAUAGAGAUCUGUGGAUGUGACAUCACUUGAUUGACUCCAACUAUUUUAAUUUUUAACCCACUUGGAAAAAUCUCCACCAAAGAACUUAGAAUCCAGGGAGAAGAAAAAAAAAAAACAAAAAA